AUGAGCAGAAGGCCAUCUCUUCGUCACUCUUCGCGGUUUGAGCCCCUUCCAUCUGCCCCUCACAAUGAUAAUGAUCAUCUCAUCUACGACACAGCCGAGUUCGAGAGCAGCCAAGCCUCCCCUUUGACCCCACGCGAGUCGACAGUCUUCGGUGCAUACCCUUCCUGGAGCACACCUGGAAUCACCGGGGAACAGCCAAUGAACGCGAAAGUGGCCAUUCCCCGACUCGAGCCCCCACUUGCAAACAGUAAUGGUAGAGUCAGUCGAGCAUGCCACAACUGUCGCAAGCAGAAGAACAAGUGUUCUGGCCAUCGGCCAUCUUGCAUCCGGUGUCAGGAGGCCAACGUGCUUUGCGUCUACGUCGAUGGGAAACGAGAGAGAAACGCUAGACAACUCACAGUCAUAACGAGCCAACUCCAACACUACGAAUCUCUCGUGCGCGAUAUUUAUCCGAAGUUCGACACCGAGCUGGCCAAAGUCGUUGACCAAGCUCUCGGAAAAAUAUCUAGUCUCUCCCUCUCGUCGCCGACCGUCGCCAGAUUACCCGAUGAGGCAGAAUCGUCAAGCCGAACACUUUCCUACGUUGAUCACACCCUGGAGGACUUCAAUGGAGACGUCUCACUACAAUCGAUUGGCUUUGUAGGAGAACAUUCAGCAACGGCAUGGUUAUACAGGCUUAAGUGCUUGGUCGGUCAGAGAAGUCCCAAACCGCACGGUCAACUGGAGGAAGCAAUCCGUCCGUCGAUUUCAUCCUGUGCAUUAUUUAUGGAUGAUGCCGGAAUCCAGCCGAUGAAAGACCUAGAUGUCCUCGCGUAUCCCUCACAAGCGGUCGCCGAUGAACUCGUGGAGAGAUACUUCCAGGUUGCGCACGCCUCCUUCCCCGUCAUUGGAAAAGCAAUUUUUCUAAGCCAGUGUCGAUCAUUCUAUUCACACUCAACAACCCACCCUGGAAAUAAGUGGAUGGCGUUAUUGAACAUGGUGUUUGCGAUCGCUGCAAGACAUUUCGAGCUUUCCGGAGACCAGCCUGAGCUAGAUCACAAUAUCCACGGGGUGUACUUUUCCCGUGCCUGGCGAUUACACACUAGCGAGAGUGUGCUAUUGGAGAGUCCCAACCUGCAGCAGACACAGGUGGAGGGGCUAAUAUCCCUUUACCUGCUUUCCGUCGGACAGGCCAACAGGGCAUGGAGAAAAUGUGGCAUUGCAAUACAGUCCGCGGUCGCGAUGGGAAUCCAUCUUCGUAGCGAAUGCCCCAGCAUCACGCAUGUGUCCAAAGAAACCAGAUACCGGCUAUGGUGGGCGCUGUACCUGUUGGACAUCCUGCUCUGCGUCAUGACCGGACGCAUGCCCAGAAUGCAGCAGGAACACUGCACGACCCCUUUGCCGGUGCCUUACAAGGAAGAAGACUUCCGAGACGAGCAUGUAAUGAGGCUUAUCAUGGACAUCGGAUCCAGAGGCCGUCUUAUGACUUCUUUACUCUCGUUCGAUCCCUCCACUGAACCGAACGAUCGUCUAUCCCACUCUCCUUCUCCAUCCAUGUCCCAGCAGGCAUCAACCAGCCCGCAUCUCCAGGCUAACGUCUCAUUGUACUUACUUUACUCCAUUGACUUGGCAGCUGUGAUGAGAGAAGCAAUCGAGAUCUUGUAUUCUCCCGAAGCGGGAAGAAAAUCACGAAAUGACACCGAACUGGCCAUGACGUCGCUCAACAGCGCCGCCGACAACUGGUUUGCUCGGCUCCCUGCGAUGUAUCGUUUCAUGGAAACCAGAGAUGACCGAGCCUUUGUCCGUCAACGCACGAGUUUGGCUUUCCAAUAUUAUUCAACCAAACUCGUCAUUUCGCAUCCUGCCCUUCAUUCUCAGAUGUGCGGUGAAGUCUACCCCACUGGUCUUGACACUCCAAUGGCGACGAUCUGCCUCAAUGCAGCGGGCCAAAUGCUUGAUCUCUUACCCAAUGAACCAAACAUCGCCUGGCUCCUGGGUUGCUCACCUUGGUGGUGUGCUCUCCACUAUCUCACGCAGAGCACCGUGGUGCUCAUAACACAUUUGCUCACCCAGUCUCAAAUGAGAGCUGGUGAAAGAGAAGAGUCAUUGCAAAGAGUCCAAAAGGCUCUGCGAUGGUUGAGUGGGUGUUCCGCCAAGGAUCCCUCUUGUAAGCGGGCCUGGGGUAACUUUACAGAGCUCUUGUCAUCCCAAGGAUUGAACAUUCUACAAUAA